AUGGAGCUGCACUUCAGCAUCACUGCCGCCGAGGAGCUGCGGGACAGGCGCGGGCGGCGGGGUGGUCCGGAGGUGUACUCUGUGUGUCUGGAGGGCUUCCUGUUCUGCAAGGCGCGGUACAGCCAGCUCCGCCGGUGGGACUCGCAGCUGAGACAGGUUUUUGGGAGUGCUGUGCGCUUUCCUCCAAGGUUUUACCUGGCAAUGACCAAGUCAAUGGCAGAUGAGAAAUGGACUCAGCUGGAGCAGUACCUUCAGAAUGUUACUUUGGAUUCAAAUAUUACCAAUAUUACCAAUAGUGAUGUCUUCAGAGGGGUUUUUUUUUUGAAAGCUACAGCAGUAUUUCUCUAUCUUGUAAAGCAUUCUCCAGCUGCUGUGAUUCUUAUGAGGAUAGUGGUGGUUUGGAGAAGGUGGGUGCAGUAUGACUCCAACAGUAUUUUCAGGGAUGGGAUGCUGCUUACUUUUCUGGGAAGUGCUUGGCAUGCUUCUGGUGCUGCUGCAACCCCACUUAUGGAUACAUUUAUGAUCCAAACCCAGAGAGCCUUUUUGGAUGUUUACCUCACUGAUGGCAGCAAUAUUAGACUUGAGAUCCAGACAUUGGACACUGCAGAAAGAAUAUUAGAGGUUACAUUGUGCAAGAUGGGGCUAUCAAGAGAAUUAAUAAAGUAUUUUAGCUUAUUUUUCUUUCAAGAACAUGACAAUGGAGCACUCUCUCUGGUGAAAAAAGUGGCAGAAUUUGAACUUCCUUAUGUGAGUCUUCCGAGCAUGAAGGAGUUGUAUUGUAAGCUUGGGGUCAGAAAAUGGUAUAUGGAUCCUUCUCUUGACACGCUGCUGAUGGAUUGUACAGCUUCACUGAACUUGCUAUAUAUGCAGGCAAUCCAGGAAGUUGAGAGGAAUUGGGUUAAAUCAACAGAAGAACAGAUGCAGGAACUUGGAUUCCUAAAAAAAAAAAAAAAAAGGCAAAAAUUCCUGGAGCUGAUUCGGGAAAUGCAGUUCUAUGGAUACGUAUGAAUUGAUCCUUGCAUUUGUGACUAUCCAGAAGAAGGCUGCUCAGCUGACAUCUUUAUCAGCAAUAAUGAGAUUCACUGCUGCAUAAAACUGCCUACUAACCAGACCAAAGAGGUGAGCUAUAAAAUCAACAGGUUAAGAAGCAGGCAGGUUACUUUUCUUGAUGGUGAAGAAGACACUCUGGAGCUUAGAUUUGAGUACAAUUACUCAUCAUUAUCCACAUGGCAGUGGAUAAUUUUGUACACAAAACAGGCUUUUUUGCUCAGUAGCUGCUUGAAGAAAAUGGUAUCAGAGCAGAUGAUAAAGGCAGCCAAAGAAGGCCAAGAAAUGGAGAUGAAGAUGUCUGAAUCCACAAUAAAUAGUAAGAAAUCCAGCAUCCAACAAAAGCAGGUAGUUUAUUUGGGUUUUAUAUCAAGGAAAAGAUUUUUGGUUAGGCCAAAUGAAGAUGACUGUGUAUUUGAGAAAAUUGGAGAAGAGGACCUGUAA